AUGACAGUCACAAAGUCUACCCCCGCUGGCGGGCAAGUCAAUGUCCUCUUCGUUUGUCUCGGCAACAUCUGUCGUUCUCCCAUGGCAGAAGGGGUUUUCCGCAAUGUCGCAGCCUCCCAUCCCCUAAUCAAUGAAAUCGAUUCCGCCGGCACAGGUGCCUACCACGCCGGCGAAGAUCCCGAUUCUCGCACCAUGUCCACGCUCCGUCGCCACAACAUUCGCAAUUACAACCAUGCCGCCCGCAAAGUCACCAAGCAGGACUUCCUCGACUUUGACUACCUCCUUGCAAUGGAUAAAUAUAACCUGCGCGAUCUGUUGGAUGUUCGCGCCAAGGUUGCGGAGGUCCGUCUAUUCGGCGACUUUGGUACCGGUGGUGUCUUGCACGAGCGCGUCGGCGGAGGUGAGGUUGUCCAGGAUCCCUACUAUGGGGGGGUCAACGGCUUCGAGGAGGUUUAUCAGCAGGUGACGCGCUUUUCGAAAAGCUUCCUGGAGUACUUGGAAAAGAACCAGAGGUCGGAGUCGGAAAACUAA